UCCCUGUCGUGACGUCACCAGUAUUUACAUGGACGGGGUUGUGGUGGUCGUCGUCCUUCACGAUGAUCACUAAUUUGUUUAACAAGGGUUUGCUGCAGGUUAUAUUCCCUCACUAGAGAAGUAUGUUUUCUUGCUUUACCAGUAUUGGGGUGUGAGGAAGGUCCAGGCAGCAGAACUUCAGCAGCAGCUUUACAGAUAUACUUCAGCUAUGAUGCUUCAGAGUUAUGUCACAGCACUUAAAGAAAAAUGAAUUUUCGACAGAGGAUGGCAUGGCUCUGCCUUGCAUUUUACUUGGCAUCCUCAGUAGCAGUUGUAUACUAUUUUCUAGAUAUUGCUGAUCAGUAUGCUUUAUUUUCCCUGGAGCAUUCAAAAUUGCAUCAUUCAACAGAUUCUAAUGUGCCAUCUUGGCAGUUUUGGCAACACAUUGGAGACAUUCCAUUUUCUAUUUUAGUUAUUUUAUUAGCUGUUCCAUAUUUUCAGAUUUUUGCAACUCUGUUUUAUUGCACGUUGCCUACAGCAAAUAAAAAUGUAAACAAGUGUCUUAUACCUGUUAUAGGUUGGAUAUAUUUAUUUCAAAAGGUAUUUUCAGUUUUCAAAAGUCAUGAAAGCAUUAAAUUAGACAGUAGACCUGACAGCCACCACAUUGUUAGUGUGUCAUGACUUCUAACAUGACUUAACUUUUCAGCCUCAUGACUUCCAUUUUGAUUUUUAGUAUUUGAGAGAUACUGCAUUCAUUCCUUUCUUAAGUCACUUGGCAUGCAUAAUACUCCGUACUGUAAAUAUUCAUUUCAUAUGUUACCUGUUAAAAGUUGGGAUUUCAGAGUACGAGACUGUACUAUUGUUCAUUUUACUCUUUUAAGUCUAUUUAAUUGGCAGCUUUGAAAAUCAUAAAUAUCAUGUUUUAGAACUUAAAAGUGGCUUUUUUUUCUUAGUGUUUUUUGUGAUAAUGUGUCUAAUUGAUUUUAAUUAACAAUGUAUUAAGAAUUUGGUUUAAUCAGAGCUUAGCACAGUUCAUUUAUGAUCCAUUAUGUAAAUAAAAUUGAAAUCCUUACCAGUAUGUCAAUAUUCCAAGUAAAAUCAAUAGUAAACACACUAACCAUAAUAUUUAAAAAUUAUUAAGGAAAUAAACUAAUUGGUAUUUAUUUGUGAAUAAAUAUUAAGAGAAUUUAUGGGAUGGGUAAGAGGAGGGUGUGAAAGGUUAACAUAACAUGAGAGGGAGUGUGUGUGAGAAUUCAGUAGUAAUAGGUUUAAAAUUUUUGCAGCACUUUAACCAUAUAGGUCACACCACUCAUAGCCACAAAAAAUAUAUAGUAGACAACAUGACAAUAUAUAUGCACUCAUGUGCAAGUGUGUGAGCAAGUGAGUGAGUUAAGUGUUAAACCUGAAAGAGAAAAUCUUCACAACAGGAAGCCAGGAGCACAUGCAAACAGGUGGCUAUGAGUGAGAUGUGUGUGCCUAGUAUGAAUUUAGUAUACUGUACAUGUGAAUAGUGAAUGACUACUAGUACAGUGGAACCUCAAAAAUCGAACUUAUCACAUAUCGAACGCUUUGAAAAUAGGACCAUUUUUUCGGACAAACUGUGUCCCUAUUAUCGAACGCGCCCCUAUUUUCGGACCGCCAGGUACGGGACCUGUCUGCCAGCCCGCUCUGUCUGCGUCCCCGCUGGCACCGUGAGCAGUCAAGCUUUGUUUAUGCUUGAGUGAACACUAACCAGCGCUCUCAUUCACGCAUUUUACGAUUAUUUUGUUGUGUUUAGUGCUUGUGGGACUGUGAAAUAAGCUGCCAUGGGUCCAAAGAAACUUGCUAGUGGUACCCCUGUGGUAAAGAAAGUGAGAAACACCAUAGAUGUGAAGAAGGAAAUAAUACAGAAGUAUGAGAGUGGUGUGAGACUUGUUGAGCUUGCCAGGAUGUAUGGGAAAAACAAGUCGACCAUCGGUUCUAUCCUGUCAAAGAAAGAACAAAUCAAGGAAGCUGAUGUUGCGAAAGGUGUUAAUAUGCCAACCAAAAAAAGACCACAAAUAGUUGAAGAGGUUGAGAAGUUGUUGCUGGUGUGGAUCAAGGAUGAAGAGAUUGCAGGUGAUAGUGUUUCAGAGACGAUUAUUUGUGAAAAGGCAAGGAAGUUGCAUGCCGAUCUGGUACAGAAAACUCCUGGAACCAGUGCUGAUAGUGAAUUUAAGGCCAGCAGAGGCUGGUUUGACAGAUUUAAGAAGCGUAGUGGCAUACACAAUGUAAGACAUGGUGAGGCAGCCAGUUCAGACAAACGGGCGGUUGAGAAGUUUGUACAGGAGUUUAAGGGGUACAUAGACAGUGAAGAAUUGAAACCUGAACAAGUGUUUAAUUGUGACAAAACAGGCUUGUUUUGGAAGAAAAUGCCAGAAAGGACCUUCAUCACACAGGAGGAAAAGGCACUGCCAGGACACAAGCCUAUGAAAGACAGGCUUACUCUUUUGUUCUGUGCUAAUGCUAGUGGUGAUCUUAAAGUGAAGCCUUUACUUGUGUAUCAUUCAGAAAAUCCCAGAGUGUUUAAGAAAAACAAUGUCUUUAAAAACAAGUUAUGUGUCUUGUGGAAAGCUAAUCAUAAGGCAUGGGUCACAAGACAAAUUUUCAGAGUGGGUCCAUGAAGUGUUUGGCCCCAGUGUGAAAAAAUACCUCCAGGAAAAGAAAUUGCCACUCAAGUGCCUCCUGUUAAUGGACAAUGCACCUGCUCAUCCUCCAAACUUAUUAGACCUCAUGUCUAAGGACUUCAGUUUUAUAAAAGUGAAGUUCUUGCCUCCUAACACCAUUCCUCUCCUCCAGCCCAUGGACCAGCAGGUCAUUUCUAACUUCAAAAAACUCUACACAAAAGCAGUGUUUGAAAAGUGCUUUGAAGUGACCACAGACACUAAGUUGACCCUAAGAGAGUUCUGGAGGAAUCACUUCAGCAUCUACAGCUCCAUAAGCCUUAUAGGUAAGGCUUGGGAGGGAGUGACUUUCAGGACUCUGAACUCUGCUUGGAGACAAUUGUAGCCAGAUUGUGUCCAAAAGAGGGAUUUUGAAGGGUUUGAGGCUGACCCUGACCCAGCUCACCCUCUGCCUGUUGUGGACUCUAUUGUGGCAUUGGGGAACACCCUGGGGUUGGAGGUAAGUGGUGAGGAUGUGGAAGAGUUGGUGGAGGACCACAGGGAAGAGCUAACCACUGAAGAGCUGCAAAAGCUUCAUCUGGAGCAGUAUCAGACCACAGCUGAGGAACUUGCUUCAGAGGAGGAGGAAGAGGGAGUGGAUGAGGUGCCUUCUUCGAAGAUUAAGGAAAUUUAUGCCAAGUGGAAUGAUGUCCAAAUGUUUGUGCAGAAGUACCACCCUGAGCAAGCUGAAACAAGCCAUCUCUGCAACAAGUUCAGUGACAGAACCAUGUCCCAUUUUAGGGAAAUGUUAAAGAGGCACCAGAAACAGAGGACUGUGGACAGUUAUUUUGUGAGACAGGGGUCCAGUGACUCUCAAGCUGGUCCUAGUGGCAUUAAAAGACAGAGAAUGGAAGUAACCCCAGAGAGGGCUUUACCUGAAGUCCUCAUGGAGGGGGAUUCUCCUUCCAGACACUAACCCCAACUCCCUCUCUCCUCCUCCCUAUCUUCCAGAUGCCAUCACCAAUCUUCAA